UUGUCAGACAGGCAUUUAAAUCUGCUGCAGUAACGAAGCCGGGGAAGCCAGUGGCCGCACAACAUUAUACGCAGCAGUAGGAAUAGAGCUGUAUUAUAGCUAUAUUGUUUUUCUUCAUUUGACUCGAGAAGGUCUAUUAUUUAGCACAGUAUUUUGAAGCGUCAACCGCAUCAGUAUUCAAAUGUAAGACGAGAUCACAAUUUGACAGCUGAGCUUGAUACGUGCAUCAUGUUCGGGAUUCCUCUACAGCUUGAAUGAAAAUCGUGCAUUAUAGCUGUGAUAUGAAAAUGUGCAUGUAGAAAUGAUUUAGCAUCGCUAGUAUGUGUCUAGUUAAUUAGCUGGCUUAUAGUCGUCUGAAUGCAUCUGUGUCUCGUGUUUGGCUUGUAAGGACUUGAGGAACGCUUCCAUUGAAGGAUGUGUCUGCAUAAUGUUUGAUUGAAAGGAAAAACAAACCAUCUACUAAAUCAAUGACAAACAUAUCCUCCGAAUUAUUUGAAUAGAAGACUAGAAUAGAAAUAGAAAAAACACCAAUAGAGAUCUCUAUAGAGUAUAAGGUUGUCCAUUAUCGAAUUGCAUCAUGUUCAGCUGGUUGGGUACCGAUGACAGGAGGAAGAAGGAUCCUGAGGUCUUUCAGACAGUCAGCGAUGGCCUCAAGAAGCUCUACAAAACCAAACUGUUGCCCUUGGAGGAACACUACAAGUUCCACGAGUUCCACUCGCCCGCCUUAGAGGAUGCCGACUUUGACAACAAACCCAUGGUUCUCCUUGUGGGGCAAUAUUCCACUGGAAAGACCAGCUUCAUACGAUACCUGUUGGAGCAGGAUUUCCCUGGCAUGCGGAUCGGGCCGGAGCCCACCACAGACUCCUUCAUUGCAGUGAUGCAUGGAGACACGGAGGGGCUGAUCCCUGGCAAUGCCCUGGUGGUCGACCCCAAGAAACCCUUCAGGAAGCUCAACGCCUUCGGAAACGCCUUUCUCAACAGGUUUGUGUGUGCCCAGCUGCCCAACCCUGUUCUGGAGAGCAUCAGUGUGAUUGAUACUCCUGGUAUCCUGUCUGGAGAGAAGCAGAGGAUCAGCAGAGCUGCGAAUGAACAUGGACCCGGCUAUAGCGAGUAUCGUAAAUGCCCAUAUGGAGGCUACGACUUUGCCGCCGUGUUGGAGUGGUUUGCAGAGCGUGUGGACCGAAUCAUCCUCCUCUUCGACGCCCACAAGCUGGACAUCUCAGACGAGUUCUCGGAGGUCAUCAAGGCCCUGAAGAAUCACGAAGACAAGAUCCGGGUGGUUCUAAACAAGGCAGACCAGAUUGAGACGCAGCAGCUGAUGAGGGUCUAUGGCGCCCUCAUGUGGUCGCUAGGGAAGAUCGUCAACACACCCGAGGUGAUCCGUGUCUAUAUCGGGUCAUUCUGGUCGCACCCGCUGCUCAUCCCCGACAACCGUAAGCUGUUUGAGGCGGAGGAGCAGGACCUGUUCAAGGACAUCCAGUCCCUACCCCGCAACGCUGCCCUCAGGAAGCUUAAUGACCUCAUCAAGAGAGCACGCCUCGCCAAGGUCCAUGCCUAUAUCAUCAGCUCUCUGAAAAAGGAGAUGCCCAGUGUGUUUGGGAAGGAGGGCAAGAAGAAAGAGCUGAUUAACAGUCUGGGAGAGAUCUACAGCCGCAUUGAGAGAGAACACCAGAUCUCCCCUGGAGACUUCCCCAACCUCAAGAAGAUGCAGGAGCAACUGAAUGCCCACGACCUGAACAAGUUCCAGCCCCUGAAGAUAAAACUGCUGGACUCGGUGGACGACAUGCUGGCCCACGACAUCGCCGGUCUCAUGGUUCUGGUCAGGCAGGAGGAGACCAACCGACCCCAGAAGGUGGUGAAGGGAGGGGCCUUCGACGGCACCCUCAAUGGGCCCUUCGGCCACGGCUACGGCGAGGGCGCCGGGGAGGGUAUCGAUGAGGCAGAGUGGGUGGUGGCCCGUGACAAGCCCAUGUACGACGAGAUCUUUUACACGCUGUCGCCGGUCAAUGGGAAGGUGACUGGCGCCAAUGCCAAGAAAGAGAUGUUGAAGUCCAAGCUUCCCAACACGGUGCUGGGGAAGAUCUGGAAGCUGGCUGACAUCGAUAAGGACGGGAUGCUGGAUGACGAGGAGUUUGCCCUGGCCAAUCACCUGAUCAAAGUCAAACUGGAGGGGCACGAGCUGCCCGCCGACCUCCCCGGUCAUCUCAUCCCCCCCUCCAAGAGGAAAAUCCCUGCUGAGUAGACCCCCCCCCCGCAUACUCACCUCCCAAGGGCACUGAACAAGAGAGGGAGCGGGUAAGAGGAUGGACAGUGAAGGAUCUAUGGGGGGUGUGGGGGGUGUUGGGGUAAAUUCAUCAAGGUUGGACAACCACGCUUCAACAUGAAACAAAGCAGAAACUUUGUGGUCACGCUUAGUGGGAGCAAAAAUGUAUUGAAAGUAUUGGCUUGCUCUUCUGAUCGAUGUAUGAUUUUUUUUUUUUUUUAUUGAACUAGGUUGAAGGGGGUAAAGGUCAUGGUUCAGAGUUCAGAGUUGAGGGAAUUGAUAUUGGACUCGCGCUGCACCACCCACAUGCCCUAUUGUUAUACACCACUGAGAGUGUGCUAUCUGUGACACAAUAACCUGCAUUAUCAUUGGAUACAUGAACACUGUCUGUUUCUCUCUAGCAUAAAUGUGUAUUUAAUUUACAUUUUAUUUGAGCCUGAUUUUCAAGUCUACUUCAUAUCUCCCCAGAAAAUUUUGGAUGUUUCAAAAAAGGAUCAACUAAUAUUAAUACUAAAUCUUAAUAAUCCUUGUAGUUAUCACUUUAAAAUACAAUAACGGUCAAAUGUAGUGACAGGAAUCCUUUUAUAAGUAGGUAGUGUAGACAUAUGAUAUUUUCUUCUUGUGAAAAGGCAGCAUCCUAACACAUGCAGGCCCUUCAUAGCCUGACCAAGAGACUGUUACAACUGUAUAGCUGUCAUGUCGGAAAUCUGAGAGUUGGUAGACCUUUAAAUGUAUAGUGUUUGAAAUUGCCUUCUAGUAACUAGUAUCCUUGUCAAACGUCUGUAUGUUAAUACCUAUUUAACCUAUUAUUUAGCAUACUUAUGUAAUUCUAAUGACUGUUGAGAGAAAUGGACUUCAAUCUUUCCAUAGACAAGGAGGUGAACUGACAAUGGAGAUUAUGUUUGUGUCGUGUUCUGGCGUUUCCAAUGGGACAUAGAAUACAUACAAAUAUUCCCUUGAUAAUCUGUGCUCACUGGAGCAUUAAAAAGAAAAGGUUUCAAAUCACUACUCGCAUCCAAUUAUCUUAUAUCGCUUCUCUCAAUAGAUAGCACAAAAAAUACUGUAGUUUUAGUCUUGCUAUACUCUGACAUUCAAUAUUCUAUCUGCACACAGUGUAUAUCUACCAUAGAGACUGUUCUAGGUUCUAUAUUCUAUGAUAUCCAGUGUUGUAGUUGAGACUGCUUCUGGAUAUUAUCCACCAUCAAUAAUAUGAAGUCAUAAUCCAAAUACCCUGUGUUCUUGUACCUGAUUAGUCAGAAAACAGAAGAUGGAAUAGGUCAGAAAUAUAUGAGGAUUGCAUGUAGAAAAGGUCCAGGGCAAGUUUAAUUUUGUAGCUACAGUAAUACAGUGAUAGUUAUUAGUGGGAUCAUAGUGAGGGAACACUAAUCUGAAAGUAGUUCUUAGAGGCAAUUGAUAUGUUGAUAGAAUAUACAGCACAGUAUCUAAGAGAGUUUCUUCCACUCACACUGUACACAAGUGGUAGGUUUCUUUCCCUGGCUGAUAUGACUGAUACUUGCUCUGCUUCUCUCCUGCUGUGUAUUCAUCUGUUGCUGCUGAUAGUAGGCUAUGUAUCCUGUUGUCAUCAAUUUGAGUAGAUCUUGCAACCAAUAAAGGUGACAGAGCCAAGCAUUUCUCAUUCUGGUUCCUGCUUUUGUUUUGACUAAUUACAGUAAGAGUCCUGAGCCACUCCUUUUCCAGAUGUCAGGGAGUUGUGAAUCUACAAGGAAACAAGUCGGAUGACUUUUUUUGCGCACACCCGUUAAAGAGAUGUAUUUUCAGUCAGAUUGCAGCUCCUGAUUGUAUCGCAUGUCGCCUGUGUUCAACAGUUACGCUUCACAUGUAAACAACCCGAAACCCGUUCAAUGAUAACUAAAUACGAACACUGGAUGCCUGCUCUGUGUUCAUCAUCACAACUAAAUCCAUUACACAGCCCCUUGUAAAUAAGACCACACAUUCUUCCCUGUCUGCUAGUGCAGAAUACUCAGACAGAUGUUGUGGUGGCACUCUCUGAUCUAAUGGCUAAUGGGAUGUAUCACAUGUGGGGGUGUUGGUGUUGUUUGUGCAGUCUGCUUUCUGGGUCAUGGAUAUAGAGAGAGUGUGAACCAUGGGCAAAUGGAGAGGGGUGUUCUGGAAUAUGGAUCUGUUGUAUUUUUAAUGACUAACAAUGAAAGGUCUCCUUGGUAAACCACAAGACCAUGAGUGUGUGUUUCUAUGUGAGUGUGUGUGUUUUCCUCUCUCUCAGUCUCUCAGAGUUGUGUCUGUGUGUUGUGUGUGUGUGUGUGUGUGUGUGUGAUUAACCGACUUACAGAAAGCUAGUAGCCAUGUUCAAGUGUUUGUUGUUCUAUAUAACUGUUCUCUAUUUGGUCUGAAGUUGGAUGGUAAAACAUUCCUCAUAGUACGCUCUGCUUUGAAAACAGAAUAAAGACCUCAUUCAUUUACAGUA